UGAUUAUGGCAGAUGGAACCUUGGCCACUAUAGUGAUAGCUGUGAUCAGUAAACUUCAAAACUAAGUCCCUCAAGGGCCCUGUACCACAAGAUGAAAACUCUAGCCAUAUACCGUAGAUUUGGCACCAAAUGGAUGAAAAUCUACACCCCCUUUGGAAGAUCCAGUGGCAGGGAGAUUGGAGAGAAGCAAAACCCAUCAUCUAUAGUGUCAUUCAAGUAUAAGUUGGAAAAGGAUCGCUUUUGUUACUUGUUCUUUAAAGAGUCAGAAUUCACGACUCAGGCAAAGGAACAACCAUAUGCAUUAACUACGUACCAAGGCUUAAUUACUCUCUAACUGAUACAUACCCAUCGUGUAGAGUUCACAGUUUAUGAACUUAUGGCAUGUAUCAUUAUCUAUCAUCAUGAUGUGCAAUCUGCUUUCAUUUAUUGCCCAGCUUCAGCAUGGUUGGAGAGGAGAAACAGCUGAAAAAUCAACAACAGAGCAGAAGAGCAGUAUAUAAACAGAAAGAAGAACUGAAAGUGCCCAUUCUCCGCAGCUCCCUAUUCCUCGGACACAAGGACAAUUCAAGAUGGCUCACCCAAUACUUGAAGCCAACGAAAACAGCCCCUUUGGAGGCCUCACAAGGGAAGAGUUCCACAAGAAACACCACAUACUCCACCAAGAAUGCUUCAUGUUGAACAAGAAAAGCAUGAAAAUAUUCACUCAGUCCUGGCAGCCUGACCCGAGCCCAGGCCAGUUACGAGGGCUCGUGGCCAUGAUCCACGGGUACAUGGAUGAAAGCAGCUGGUUAAAUCAGCUAACGGCAGUGGGUAUAGCUAAAGCUGGAUUCUAUGUUUGUGCACUUGACCUCCCAGGCCAUGGCUACUCCGAUGGCCCCAAAAACCACAUCCCGGAUAUCCAGCCUGUGGUUGAGGACUGCAUCCAGUUCUUUGACUCUGUCAGGGGAAACCGCCCAAAUCUCCCAGCUUUCCUGUUUGGCCAAUCUCUAGGAGGGGCCAUAGCCACACUAAUAUGCCUAAAACAAAAGAGUGAGUGGAGUGGCCUGGUUCUAGAUGGAGCUAUGUGUGGGGUUUCAAAGAAGUUCAAGCCAAUUUGGCCUCUGGAGGAGCUGCUGCCUGUGGCUGCUUUCAUUGCACCCACUUGGCAAAUAGCAGUCACAGAGUGCCCUUUGAAGAAGUCACACAAGGAGGAGUGGAAGAGGAAGCUGAUCAAGAAGAACCCAAACCACUUGGCCAAUCGCAAGGUGACUGCGGCUAGCGCACUGGAGUUUCUGAGAGUCUGUGACCACAUAACUAGGAACUGCCAUGGACUGGAAGUUCCUGUUCUGUUGGUGCAUGGUGGGGAAGACAAGAUUUGUGAUCCCAAAUCAGCAAGUCUGUUCCAUGAUUCAGUGAGAAGUAAGGACAAGACUCUGAAGAUUUUUGCAGGUAUGUGGCAUAUGUUCCUUGGUGAGCCAAAUGAGACUGUUGAGUUUGUGUUUGGGACUAUACUCUCAUGGAUUGGAGAAAGGGCAGACAAAGCUACUCAGCCAGAAGCCUCCUUGGUUGAGAAGUAGGAGAUGCGAAGUAUUAUUAUGAGAAUGCAGUGAUAUGGGUAAACCAUGAGGAUUACCCAUUUGUUUUCACCGACUCUAUGUUAUUGAAUGACACUUCUACCGAUGAUAAUUUUGCUUCAUAAUUUUCUAGGUUUUGCUGUCACGUUAUUCUACUAGAAAUGUUUGUAUAAAAUAUUUGUAAAUAUUUCAUCAGCAGCAUAUACAUCUUUAAUGUUUUUUUUGGCAAAAGGCAUAAAUUUGCUCUAUAACUUUGGUCUUUUAGUCAUUUAACCCCUC